AUGGGAGCUACCGGCUUCGGCCGGCGCGGACCAAAACCAGCACCGGGAGGGGAGGAAGAUAGCGUUGGUUCCGUCCGGCGCUAUCGAACUCGUAACCGAGACGGCGGGUCCCCGAAAGGGGGAAUCCCGCCCAUCCGCUUCGGCGGAUGGCAGCCCCUCGUACUCUGGGGGGGCAAAAACUGCCUCGUGGGUCGGCCGGAAGUCGACCCUCGUGAACACGACAAACGCACACCAAUAACGGACAACGAUUUUGCACACGACACGGCAAAUACGGAUCGCACGAGUGCCUCCAAUGUGGUGGUGAGCAUUCUCUCCGACAAUGAGUCGGAGGGUGAGACGAUGCUCUCGACCCUUUCGGACGGAGAGGCCACCCUCUCUGAGGGGAACUCACGCGUGGUUUCGCGCUCCAGGUCAGCCGGAGAGAAGGGAUCCUCAAGGGCUCCCAAGCGCGCCGCCCCCCCGUCGAACGAAUCUAUGGAGCCCGAAAGGGCUCCAAAGAUUAGCACGGCCCGUAGGGGCAGACCUAGAGGCCCCGGGAAGUCCUUCCCCGGUGCGGCAACGGCAGGGAGGGGGCGCUCUAGCUCGUCAGAGUGGAACGCCCUCCAGAAGGAUGCGGACGCGGCCUUCUUCAAGGAGGCCCUGGGCCGGGGUCAGGCCGGAGAGGCUGAACCCGAUGGCAUGGCGGGCCUCAUGCGAGAGACCCUGGCCCAGGAGGCACGAGACGGCCUCGCAGCAAUAUUGGCGGAGACCGCCAAGUCCUCUAACCUCAAGGGGACGGUGGUCAAAGCCAUAAAAGAGGCCGUCAGGAAGGUGGAAGGAGCCGUCAAUUUCCUUCACCGUGGAGAGACGGCGACAGAGGCGGCGCGGCGGAUGUCGGAAGACAACCGCCGGAUGAGGGGGCAGCUCGCUGCUCUGGAAACGGAGAUGAAGGCCCUGAGGGGGGCCUACUCCGCUGCUAUGGCCAAGGCCAAGGCACAGGUGGCCCCACCGCCGUGCAGCUCCGCAGAGAUGCACGCGGGAGUGAGGGAGGCCAUCGACGAUCUCAGGCGGGACAUCUUCUUCUCGAUGAGGAAUAUGAUCGACGCCCGCCUGGGGGACAUCGAAAGACGCCUCCCUGCGGAGUACCUACGCCCCCCCCUGGGCGGCAGAACAGGGGCACCCGCCCCCGAGGCGACGCCUGCCGUCACCGCAGUCGCCCCGAGGUUGCUCCCCUCCGCCGCGGCCCCCGAGUCAACACCGGGCCCCUCACUGGCUCGAAACGCGCCUGCCGGUCAGCGGCCCAGCAAGAAGGCCAAGAGGAAGGCUCCCCCGCGGAAGGUGACUGCUGCCCCUCCUGCAGCGCCCACCGCCGUUCUCGCCGUCCCUACCGCCCCUGACGCGACGGCCUCCACGCCGACUGACCAGGCGGAAACGCCCUGGUCACAGGUAGUCGGCCGCAAGGCCAGAAAGGCCAAAACGGCAGCUGCCCGGGCGGCACGGGCCCCCGCCAAGGCGGCCCCUAAGACGGCUCCCAGACCCAGGGCUCUCGCCACCCCAAGAUCAUCGGCGGUGGUGAUCACGCUGAGGCCCGAAGCGGUGGCGGAAAAGGGGGCAACUUACAAGGUGGUCCUUGAGGCGGCGACCGCUGCGGUCGAUUUGGGCAGCCUCGGCAUCCCGCACGUGCGGGUGCGGAAUACCCAGACGGGUGCCCGCGUAGUCGAGGUGCCCGGGGCGACCAGCGCCGAGAAGGCCGACACCCUGGCGGCCAAGCUGGAGGAGGCAAUCGGGGGGCUGGCGACAGUAACGCGGCCUACCAAAACCGCCGAUCUAAGGGUCACCGGUUUUGACGAGUCAGUGACCCCGGAGAAGAUCCGGGCGGUGGUGGCCGCGAGGGGCCAAUGCCCCCAGUCCGCCGUGAGCGUGGGAGCCGUCAGACUGGCCCCCAACGGGAGGGGGUCAGCCCUCGUCCGCUGCCCGGUGACGGCAGCCCAACGGGUGGCGGCUGCCGGCCGCAUAUUGGUGGGGUGGUCCUCCGCCGGGGUCCAUGUGAUGGAGCCCCUCCCCAUGCGCUGCUUCAGGUGCAUGGGGAUUGGUCACACCAGAGCCCUCUGCCCGUCCAGUGUAGACAGGAGCGGGCUCUGCUUCAGGUGUGGCCAGGUGGGACACUCGGCCUCCGGGUGCACGGCGACCCCGCGGUGCUCGGUCUGCACCGCGGCUCGCCGCCCAGCGGACCACGUGAUGGGGGGGCGAUCUUGCGCUCCCUCCCCCACCAAGGGCAAGUCGGCGGGGACCCCAGGCCCCCCCCCUAUUGAGGGACAAAGUAUGGAGCAGUAA